AUGGCACAAGUUCCCGUAGCAACCGUGACUUACCUCCCAGUGCGAACACUAGAUCUCAUCAUCGACAAGGUUCUGGUGGUGGAGGAUCUCCACCACGAGGGCGGCAGCCUGGGGGCCGCUCAUUCAACCCAUGGGGGCCGCCCAAACCUCCUACUCUGCUGCCACCCAGACGCAGACGAGGGCUUCGUCUACGGCUUCCAACAUCCAGACGAUGUCGCUCCUGACCCGUUGCUGACCGGGAGUCACAAGUGGGCGCACCUCAUCAAGAUUGGCCGCUCGAAGAACUACCAGACGCGGAUGAAACAGAUUGGAAAGCAGUGCAAAUACACCCCCCACACCGUUUUCGCCCAUUUCAUGCCCUGGCACGGCGUAGUCGAGCGCGUAGUCCACACGCAGCUGCACAACUCUCGGCUGAGAGAUACCGGCUGCAGGGGCUGCGGGGCGAGACAUGAGGAGUGGUUCCAGGUGGAUGCCAGGCUCGCCGAGGACGCCGUGGAGUUGUGGAAGGCUUUCGUAGAGUGCAGUCCCUAUGACGAGCAGGGGGGAAUGCUGCCCGUGUGGCGUGAGAGGCUUGAACAGCUCGAUCUGGACGAUUCGAACUGCUGGCAAUGCUUCGUUCACGACGCUCCUUCGGCCUGGCCGGCGGCUGGGUCGCCUCGGGGGGUGGAGGCCGAGAAUGCUGAUCUUGGGUUGGCCGCAGGUUGCAUUGGUCCACGUAGUGAUGGGGAUUUGGGAGGUGAGCACACGAAGAAGACUGGCAAGUUAUCUGAGCAUCCUGCGGAGUCGCUGCACAACGGAGAAGCAUCUCCAGCGAACAGUUGCCUCAAGAAUUUUGAAACAUGA